AUGACCUCGGUUCUGGCAAACGUGCGCAGUCAUUUCACGCAGUCCGGCAUGUCGAACGAACCUCGGUUUCAAUAUGCGGACCUCUCCAGAGCCUUGGCUCCAUCCACCUCUUCCUCGACUUUGAGUCUCGCCAAUCCAUCCUCCUCAGCCUCGUCUAGCACCAUGCCCCUGUCCUCCUCCUCCUUUGCGCUUGCCGCUGCCACUCCGGCUACCACCAUGUCCUCGGCACCUACCACUUCCGAUGCUGUUCCUCACUCUCAAGCUGGCAUCGUGCCCUCCUCUGUGUCAGCUUCGGACCCCAACUCCCUUUACUCUUCCUCCGUCAUCCCGACUUCGAGGGCAUUCGAUUCGGUUCUCGCCGGCUAUGCUACUUCCUCUACUUUGGAAGAUGUCUCGGCCUCGUGUCCUCCCGAAGGUCCCUCUUUCUCCACCAGCGAUUUCGAUGCCAAUCUCGCUGCUGCCGCUUUUGCCCCCAUGUUCAGCUCCAACGAUGCGACAGGCCUCGACGACCCAUCUGCUCCGCUCUCAUUUCCUGUGCUCCCCGCUUCCCUCCUCGACGAGGCCCCAGAGUACGAAUACUCCGUGCACACGCGUCUCAACGUCUUCGAGGCCACCGACUUUGGCACAGAUAUCCCCUCCUUCAGCUUUGCAGACGACGGCACGCCUUUGCUCGACAACACUGCAGAGUACGCCCUCUGGUCAACCGGGCUCGGCGUCGAAGCUGGCGAUCUCACUGCCUCGGCCGCUUUCUCGUAUCCCGAUGACGAGCUUGCUCUCAUUGACAGCAGCAGCAGACUGGAGACGCAGCCACGAACUGCAGGUCACUUUGAUCUCUCUUCGCGGCCUGACGAUUCUUUGGACCUAAGCUCCGAUUCGCUCCUUACCCCUCGCAACGCUCUUCCUCUCGCAUCCACCAGCAACAGCGCAGCUGCCGAUGUUCACCUUGGCCCCGGCAUCUCGUCCGGCUUGGCCUCCUUCCCGGGCUCGUCGACGGCUAGCCUGGUCGAUGGUGCUCCCUCGGUGCUCCAUCCGGGUCCUGCCUCCAACCAUCUGCAUCAGCGACAGCCUCAGCAAGCCGCUAUGCAGAGAAUGUCGCUCGAGGCUGACGGAAUGUACGAAUCCCAAGCUGGGCCCUCGCGCGGACUCAACAGGCCUCGAGAUGCGCUCUUGAGCGCCAACUCUCCCUAUGGGCGGGGCCGUCCCUCGCUCCAGGCUCAGCGCAGCCUCAACAACAUCAAUGCUGCCUCGAACUUUUCGCCUCAGGGAUUCAACCCCGAGCUUCGACGUCUUUCCACCGGCGCAGGCGUAUCAGGUGCUGGCGGCGUUCGCGGUCCCAGUCGCGACCCUGUCGUACCCAGCCAGAAUGUCGGUCGCGCGCGCCUCAUGAGCUGGCAGAGCGGUGGAGCCUACUCUGGCGAAGACUGGCAGUCGAGCAACAUUGCCGACUCUGCUCUCGGCAUUUCCGGCGAUGCGGGUCUCGGUCUGGGUGCGCACGGCAUGUCUGACACGGUGGUUCCCAACGGCAUGUCGAUGCACGCAGGUGGCAUGAUCCAGCCUUCUCGAUCCUACGGCUACGGCAUGCAUCCAUCGUCGUCAGGAUUCAUGCCGCACCACGGCAUGAACCCGCAUCAGACCGAUAUGAUCAAUGCGCUCGGCGACGCCAUGGACGCACGCAUCGAUGUCGACGGUAUCGCAAAGUGCCCGUACCCAAACUGCAACAAGACGUUUGCCAAGAAUCGUUCGUACAACCUCAAGGCUCAUUUGCGCUCGCACUCGCAGCUCAAGCCGUUUGCUUGCUCUGUCUGCCCGCGCGCGUUCUCGCGCAAGCACGAUCUCGAACGUCACAGCCGCGUUCACUCGGGUGACAAGCCUUACGUCUGCGAGAUCUGCGGCAAAGGUUUCCCACGCAGCGAUGCGUUGCGAAGGCAUUGGAGGGUCGAGAAGGAGUGCGGAGACAAGGCUGCAGCGCUGGAAGCGAGCCAGUCGCUCACAAGCGUGUUGAGCGAAGGAGGCAUGGGCUACAAUCACGAAAGGAGUCCCGAUCAGCAGAGUCACCAACUUCAGUACAACCAGCCGUUGCAGAGUAGUAGCUCCUCGGGCUUGUAUGGCCACGGUGCGUUGCAGCAGCAGCAGCAGCAACAACCACAACAGAGGCAGCAGCAGCAGCAGCAGCAGCAGCAGCAAUUUGCUCAGCAGCAGCAGCAGCACUACUCGGGCCAAGGGCAGCAACAGCGAACUUGGGCUGAUCAGCAACAGCAGCUGAGGCGCGCGUGA